AUGGACUGUGAUUGUCGUGCGGUUUUAAGUAGGUCGGGAAAACAUAUCAAUAUGACCACAGAUCACAAGCCUACAAAUAAAGAUGAGAGAUUAAGGAUUGAGUCUCGAGGAGGGGUAAUUUCUAGUGAUGGUUAUAUAAGUGGCGUAAAUUGUCAGUUUGGUGUUUCAAGGGGUUUGGGAGAUUGGGAAUUUAAGUUGGAAAGUGUGGCUUUGAAUCUUUUGAGCCCAAUAAGUGCUGAUCCAGAGUUGAAUACGUAUGAGCUUACACAAGAAGAUGAGUUUUUGAUUAUUGCAAGUGAUGGUGUAUGGGAUGUUUUGAAGAGUGAUUUUGCACAAGAAGUUGUGAGGAAACAAUUACAAUUAUGCAAUGACCCUGUCAAGUGUUCCCAAGAGCUUGUGAGGCAUGCAUUAAAAGAACAAUCGAUUGAUAAUCUCACAGUGAUUGUCAUAUGCUUUUCAAGUGAUCCCCCACCUAGAAUGCAAUCAACCUCCAAUUCAAGAUUAUGGAAGAAAACAGUACAGGUACACUUCAUAGAGAAUGACAUUCUGGCACCCAUCGUGGGGCUAAAAAUCAUCUUUUUUUAG